AUGGCCACCUCGCUGGUCGACAUCCCCACCGCCUGCUCGUCCCACGGCCUGGUCACCGUCGUCGGCGUCGUGGUGGAUGCCCUGGAUGUGUUUCGCACGCGAGGAUCAUCAUCAUGCGUGACCUUCACUAUCAAGGACUCCGAAUUCGACGCCCCCACCUGGCAGGGCGGUCUCAAGGUUAAGUACUUCAACGACAAGGAGAGCUUCCUGCCCCAGGUGCGCCUCAACGAUGUAGUCCUGCUGCGCAAGAUCCGGGUUCGGAUGUACCAGGGUAAACCGACUGGUGUGGCUUCUCAGUACGAUACAGUUCCUUGGGCAGUCUUUCGCCCCGAGGCAGACCCAAGCUCCAGCCAGACGAUCAACAGCGGACCCGAACCGUUCAAACCGACUGCGACUGAAACGAGAGCAGCUCUGAAAUUGCUGGAUUGUGUCUCUGAACAGAGCAACUCGGUGCCGCCGCCCCAGAAAUCCAAGACUUUUGUGGUUCAAGCUUCAAAAACGCCUGUUACCGCAACGCCCGACGGUCAUAUCGCAGCUCGCAGCACGGGAGUACGUCCUUUCACACUCAUCAAGGAUGCUCAGCGCAACACUAUCACUCAAUUACUGGGUCAAGUGGUGACAAUGAACACCUACGACAGCGAAAAAACUAUCCUGCAGAUCACCGACUACACCAGCAAUGCCCUCCUCAUUGACUACAAGAACAAUAAUGACGAAGGUCCCGAGGGGGGAUUUAUACAACCAUUUUGGCCAGGCCCCUGGGGCCAGAUGGUGAUGCAGGUCACUCUGUGGGAGCCCCACGCCGGCUACGCACGCGAGAAUGUCAAAGUUGGCGACAUCGUGCUUUUGACUUACGUCCAUAUCAAGAUGCGCCGCGCCAGCGACAUCCUGGAGGCUGUCGUCCACGAGGACAAGCGAUAUAACGAGAAGAUUCAUGUUCGGUUGUACCAAGAUGGACACGAUGAGCGCACUCAGGAAUUGAUGCGCCGCCGAAAAGAAUACUGGGAAGUCCAUGGCCAACCGAGUAAGAAGCCGGAAAAGGCCAACAAACGGAAGGCCAAAGAAGAGCAGAAGCAGCAACAGCAGCAAAAGAAGAGGAAAGAAAAAGAGGCCCAGUUAACGGAAUGUCUCACUGACUCAGAAACAAUAGUUGCAGCAUCUGGUUAUCAGAUCCCUGCCAAGUCAUUGGAGUACAUUCUGUCCCGCGAAUCCCACCGCAAUGCUCUCCCCGGCGACCUCACCUAUAAACUUCCAUUCCAAAACGUCUGCUACCGGCCCCUCGUCCGUGUAGUAGACUUCUUCCCUCCGAACAUCGAAGACUUCGCCGUCGCCGUCCCGAACAACUCCAUUCUCGAAGAAACAAGCGGUGCACACAGCAAUUCGACCUAUAAUGGUCGCCCACACAUGACCUGGGACUGGCGCUUCUGCCUCCUAGUAGAAGCAGGCGAGUCGAACACCUCGAAAAACCAGCCGCGAGAAUAUAUGAAGAUUUUCGUGAGUGGCGCCGACGGAGUCCAUCUCCUCUGUCUGGAUCCUACAGAUCUACGCCGCAAUAAGAAAGGUCUCGCGGAACUUAAAGAAAGGCUCUUUAUUCUGUGGGGCGAUCUCCUGGAGAAAAAGCAACAAGCUGCCGCUGCCUCCACAAACAAUCAGGCUUGGGCACCGUUUCCCAGUGUUUCGCUUCCUUUCAUCUGCUGUAUUAAAGAGUACGGUGUUCGCUGCUCUCAUCAGACAGAUCCAGAUGCUGUGGCCGUGGACGGGGAGGUAUGCAGCCAGCCGGAUUGUUUUGGGUGGGAGCGACGGUUUGCUAUGUUUGGGACGACGAUUCGGUCAUGA